CCCCAGGAAUUCUCCUCCAACUGGAAGGCGCUGCAGGAGCUACUGAAGCAAAAGGCGAAUAGCUCCAACGAGUCCCUCUCCACGUGUCAAACACACACCAAAACGAAGCAACCACUCAAAGCAGGAACCGGCCAAGAAGUCCCAGCUAUAAAUGGGAAUGUGGUAAAGGCCAAAGCCACAAAUAAAACGGACAAUACCUCUACUAAAGGCAAUCCUUCUUUGGAAAAGUCAAAAUCCAAGGGAGUUGCAACAGAUAAGAAUUUAAAUGGCACCAAAAGCGAUGGAAAAGGUUGCAAAGAAAAAAAGAAAAAUGGCAAUAUUUUAAAGGAGAAAGGUGGUAUAAAACAUAAGAGGAGGAAAGCUGAAGAACAUGCAGAGCAGCAACCCAAAGAGGCUGAAAUCUGGUUUGAUGAUGUUGAUCCAAAAGAUAUUGAAGCAGCAAUAGGACCUGAAGCAGCAAAGAUUGCUAGAAGAAAUCUGGGACUUGAAACAGGCCAAUCCAAACAGUCUGUGGAGCAGGUGCUGGUUAAAGAAAAGGCUUCUGAAGGGCUGACGCGAGCCGUGGCCAUGGACUGUGAGAUGGUGGGAGUGGGACCCAAGGGUGAAGACAGCAUCGUGGCUCGCGUGUCCAUCGUGAACCAAUUUGGAAAGUGCGUUUAUGACAAGUAUGUCAAGCCUACAGAAGAGGUGACUGAUUACAGAACAGCUGUUAGUGGCAUACGCCCUGAGAAUAUAAAUACAGGUGAGGAUUUUAAAACUGUUCAGAAGGAGGUUGCUGACAUCUUGAAUGGGAGGAUUUUAGUUGGACAUGCUAUAUGCAAUGAUCUAAAGGUCCUAUUUCUUGAUCAUCCUAAGAAGAAAAUACGUGACACACAAAGAUACAAGCCUUUCAGACAGAGAGUCAAGAAUUCACGGCCAUCAUUGAAACUGCUCUGUGAGAGACUGCUGAAUGUUCAAGUACAGACAUCAGAGCACUGCUCGAUUCAGGAUGCGCAAGCAGCUAUGAGACUGUACACCUUAGAGAAAAAGAAAUGGGAAGCUGCUGUUAAGAACAAACCUAACAAGAAAAAUUGUAAAACUUGA